UGCGCGUCAAAUGAAGCAGCGGCACCGCGGAGAGUAGCAGCAGCUUUCAAUUUAAGCCGUGCUCAGCUCGUCGGCUUCCUUGUCAGGUCGGUAGAAACUACACGGAGAGCUUGUGACCCAGAGACAUGAUGGAGGAAAAGGGUGAUACAAGUGUGUAUGGGGCUUCGCUCGCAGGAGGAGGCUUCAACUUCAGCAAGUUUAUCCGACAACCUCAAACUAUCGUGCGGCUGCUGAGUUGGGUCUUUGCCAUAGUGGUGUUUGCCAGCAUCACAACAGAGGGAUACAUCAACCCUUACCACAGUGCCGAGGCAAAGUGCAUCUUCAACCAGAAUGACUCGGCGUGUAAUUACGCUAUUGGCAUCGGUGUGAUUGCCUUCCUGGCCUGUGUGGGCUUUUUGGUAUUGGAUGUUUACAUACCUUUCAUGAGCAAUGCACAGGAGAGGAAAUAUGCUGUGUUGGCAGACCUGGGAUUCUCAGGGGUGUGGACCUUCCUGUGGUUUGUGUGUUUCUGCCUGUUGGCCAGUCAAUGGGGUCGCACACAUGAUGUCGGCGGUAUCCCACAGGACGCUGCACGUGCAACCGUGGCCUUCUCAUUCUUCUCCAUUGCCACCUGGGGAAUCCUAACCUACUUUGCUCUGGGUCGCUUCCGCCGUGGUGUCAAUGAAGUUACCAUCCCAACCUACACUGAGCCACCACCAGAUCACCAUACCCCCUACCCCCCGACCUACGCCCCCACCUCCUACAACCCCACUACCUACACCCCUACCACUUACACAGCCUAUCCCAGCAAUGUGGCCGACGUGCACCAGCAGCCUCCCUUCACCCCAAACCUUCAGCCACAAGGGGAUACCGGCUAUCAGCCGCCCAACUACUAAGACAAAGGGAGGUCACAUGGACGAGGCGGUGUUCCAGGUCGCCGGAUUGCAGUUGUGCUGCACAGACUCAGAGCUAUAUCAUAUUGAUGUGAUUUUACAUUAGAUUUAACACACUUUAAGUGAAGCUGAGCAGUGCAACUGCAAGCCAGAGAUGAGGGACACCACACUUUGUCGAGGGAUCGUAGCUCUCUGGUCUGAUCUUAAGACAUCAGGCUGAGAGUUGAGAUUAGUGCUGAUGAUUGGGCAAUCAGACCUUAGACCUGUGUGCAAAGAUGCAACUUUUACCUCAAAUGGGCUGAUCGUAAAGGGGAUAGGUGGAUAGAAUGUACCCAGGAGGUCAAAGGUCACAUAAUGUGGCUUUAAUAAGAAAACAUGUGGCAGCUCCAGUCAGGGUGGAAGAGGCCCACACAUAACGUGUUUCUCUUCACUCUGUUGGAUCGUAAGAAUGUGCAUUUGUACAUAGAUUUCAUGAUGUAAAGCUGCCAUUUUAAUGGGUGUAUGUGCCGGAUUUUCUUUUCUUAUCUGGUUAAUGGAUAUUUCGUUUAUCUUGAAAACCUAUAAACAGUUUAGAAAUGCAUUGAUUUAUUUUUGCAAAUGUGGGAGUAUUGAGGACAGCGGGAAGAGACCACUAUAAAGCCAAAUGUUCCUCUGUGAUUUAGUUUUUGUGAAAUGUAAAGAUUAUACAAUUAAGUUUGUUUGCCAUAAAACCACCUUUGAAGGAAUGUUUUCUGGGUUCUUUGUGCAACAGUAAAACAGCUGACAUGUUUUACAUCUACUGAGCUUGAGGGAUCACUAAAGAAAAAAAAAAGUAUGGUGGUAAAAAAAAAAAGGUUCAUGUGCCAAACUGUAGAUGGGUUUCUUGUAUGUUCAUAAUCAGUGUUUCCCUUUAAGUCUGUAGCCUGCAUUCAGAUAGGAGGGAGGGACAUGUAGAUAACAGUGCAAUUAUUGAACAGGUUUAUCCACCGAGCAUAUCCCCAUACUGAAGAGUAACUUAUUAACUUUCAACAAUGUUUCCUCUUCAGCCUGUGAACAGAGCAGCCUCAGACUUCCUUUAAGGUCUUGGUAUCAUUUAGUUUUCUGAACACUGAUGUUUAUCUGCUUCUUAAUGUGAACUGUUGAAGAACAGACAGCAGUGUGUAUGUCUGUAAAUACGACAGAUUAAAACCCCCUAACCAGCAGGAGUGAGAAACACA